AUGCAAGAAAAAUGUCGUUUAGUUGGCUCGAGUUUAUUAGCCGUUCUUCUAUUUUGCAGUUUCGCAAAUGCCACCGAGAAUUUUCACAUCGGAACAACGUCAAGUCGCGGAUCCUUUGCUUAUGAGCAUCUGCGAUACGCCAUUGAUCGCUGGAACACCGAACAUGGACCGCAUACACUCAUCCGAUUCUCCAUUGUGGGACCCCUGCGCCACGACGGGCAUUAUGAGGAGAGGAUGUGCGAAAUUAUGCAGCAAGGCGUCGUCGCGGUGAUACUCUCCAAUGAGGAAACCGAGCAAGAUGCUCAGCUCGUCAAAUCAAUGUGCCAUUAUUUCAAUAUUCCUUGCGUUGCCCUGCAAGCUUUACCUCAAAGGGAUGCUGUUUCGGACUUCAUCACACAUAUUGGACCAGCUCGCGGAGCCGGCGCUCGCGCAACCAGCGAAUUCUUGCGAUCGAUGCGAUGGACUGGAUUUUUGCUGGCUUAUCAGCACGGAUCAGAUUUGGAAGAUUUAAGCCCACUGAUGCAAUACCAACAAGUCGCCGACACCGAUGGCCGACGAAUGCAUAUCAAAAUUCGGCGAUUGCCUAAUAAUACGGAUGAUUAUGAGCCAUUUUUGAAGUAUAUCAAAACUCGUUUAAAAUUGACUAAUAUCAUAAUCCACUCAAGUAACAUCACAGUUGUUUAUAAUUUGCUUCAGCAAGCGAGAGGAUUGAAUAUGGCCGAGCCGCCAUUCUCCUAUGUCUUCACUAAUACGGAUCUCUCACUUCUCGAAGAUUUUCUGAAUAACGGCGCCACUUUUCAUUGCAACAUCACCGGAUUGCAGCUGGUCAAAAAUGAUCCAAUGAUGAAGGUUUUGGCCACGCAGCUUGCACUGUCUUCCGAAGCCGUUUAUGUUGUGGGAAUGACGAUAUUCAGAAUGAGAGAGCUUGGCCAUGCUCCCCGCCAAUCAUCGCUUCUCUGCGAUUCGCAUGAGACAUGGAUCGACGGUCGAAUCAUGAACGACGGAAUUCGGCGGCUGAAACUGCGCAAUCAACUCACCGGCGACAUUCAAUUCAAGCCGAAUGGCGAACGCGACGACAUCAUGUAUCACGGUGUGGGACGCAUCAAUUCGCAGUUCGUCAAGGUUUGUCUGAAAUCCUGA